CCCGCCCUCGGGCACCCACAUCUUCUCUCCGGGGACUUUCUCUCCUUCACUUUCCCUGCCCCCGCCCGGCCUCCGUCUAUGCAAAUCCCAGGGGAGGGGGGAACAUUUGCCUGGCCUCCGCGCCCCACUUCCUGUCCCGGUGGGAGAGUGGGGGUGAAUGUGGUGGGGCUGGUCCCACAGCAAGACACGCAGCCACGGACCGGCUGCGGUGGUCACAGCUGCAGCCACCUGCCCCUCAUCCAUCCCCCAACCACUUCGAGAGCCAGGAAGCUGAAGACGCCCCUGACAUGCCCUUGUGUCUCUCCCCCUCCAGGCUCGAUGGGCCACACUUCAGCUGUCUGGUGAGUCGGGGUCCUGGGGGUCAGCGAGGGCUGGGGUGGGGGAGACCCACGUGGCCCAUCGCAGCCUCCCUGCCUCAGUUUCCCCCUCUGCUUCUUCCUGUCCCUUUGUCUUUCUGACUUUUCAUUGCUAUCCCCAAGCCCCCUUUUCCCCACCUGCUGCCAUCACAGAGUAUUUUUCUAACAUCUCUUUCCUUCUCUCAGAGCCUGGUCCACUUCCUCCAAUGGGGAGGAGUAGGUCUUUGUGUCUUUGACUUUGUGUCUCUUCCUCCAUGCAUCCCACAUUCAGUAAAUCUACUUCUUCCUCCUUCCCUUCUCUGCUUGACUUUAUAUAUUUUCGAAAAUUGAGUCGAAACUAUUUCAGACAUGCAGAGUACUACACCCCACCCCCCAUAAACCCACAGCCUAGUCCAAGAAAUAAAACCCCACACAUAUGCUUGAAAGAAACCCCUGUGGGUGCCCCUUCCCCAAGGCAUCCCACCCUUCUCCGCCUUGAAGAGUUUUGCUUUUUAAAAAAAAAAUUGAGGUUUGUCUUACAAGUCAGAAAAGUGACAAGUCUUGUGGACAGCUCACUGAGGUUUUCACUUAUGUGCACACCUGUGUAACCAUGGACCAUAUGAAGAUAGAGAACGCUGCCGUUACUCUAGAAGAUUCUGUCAUGUCCCUUCCCAAUCAAUAGCCCCCUCUGAUACUUUCCACCACAGAUUAGUUUUGUUUGGUUCUGAGCUUUAUGUACAGUGGCCCCCUUUGGGUCUGGCUUCCUUCAUGUGACCUCAGGUGUGUGUCAGAGACUGUUCCUUUUUCUUUGCUGUAUAGUACUCCGAGGACGAGACCACAGUUCUGUGUGUUCUCCCAUCCCUGGGCACUCAGGCUGUUUCCCAUUUGGGGCUGUUACUAAAGCUUCCCUGAUUGUUCUUGAACAAAGCUAUUUUUGUGGACUUACGUUUCCAGAUCUGGUGGGUAAAUACCUAGCCCUAAGACCAGGAUGACAUAUCUCUAGUUGUAGAUUUUUACUAAAGCAAUGCUCAGUUCUUGGGGCGAAUUGAAGUGAUAUCGAGGUGAAUAAAAGAAGGGUCGAGAGCUUCUUUCCCUCUGUUAGAAACACUUCCGUGCCUCUUACCCUUCAUCCCCUGUGCCCUCGGCCCUGAGGCAGGCAAGGCUGGGGGAAUUCUCCACCCUCCUCAGCUGCUAUGACUGUGUACUGGCGAGGUGCUGGGGUUCCCGGAAGCCCACACUCUUACUGGGAGCUGGCUGCCAUGUCUGUCAGAGACCGUGGUCUCUGUGUUUCUACGUGUCUCUGCCUGUGUCUCUCGUUGUGUGUGAGUGUGUGUGUGUGUGUGUCUGGGUCUGUGUGUGUUUCUGCUGUGCUGUGCCCACCUCCCAUCUCUGUGCCCCUGUCUCUGAUGCCUAGUCCGUGGGCCUCUCUUUCUCUCCCUCUCCCAGCCUGUCAGAGUCUCCCCACUGGUCCAGGGUGGGUGGGGUCACCUGGCAGCCUGGGUGACCCCUCUUCCUCCCCCACCCCUAUCAGUACCCGGAUGGGGUCUUCUACGAUCUGGACAGCUGCAAACACUCCAGCUACCCCGACUCAGAGGGGGCGCCUGACCCUGGGCCCCCCGGCGUAUGCCCCCUACCCCAGCCCCGUGCUCUCAGAGGAGGAGGACCUCCUGUUGGACAGUCCUGCCCUGGAGGUCUCGGACAGCGAGUCGGAUGAGGUCCUCGUGGCUGGCCCCGAAGGCAGGGGAUCCGAGGCAGGGGCCCGCAAGAAGCUGCGCCUGUACCAGUUCCUGCUGGGGCUGCUGACGCGCGGAGACAUGCGCGAGUGCGUGUGGUGGGUGGAGCCGGGCGCCGGGGUCUUCCAAUUCUCCUCGAAGCACAAGGAGCUCCUGGCGCGCCGCUGGGGCCAGCAGAAGGGCAACCGCAAGCGCAUGACCUACCAGAAGCUGGCGCGCGCCCUGCGCAACUACGCCAAGACCGGCGAGAUCCGCAAGGUCAAGCGCAAGCUCACCUACCAGUUUGACAGCGCGCUGCUGCCCGCCGCCCGCCGGGCCUGA